AUGUCCAUGUUCAAAGCCAUCAACAUCGAGUCGGACGUCGAGUCCGACGAGGAGGUCGAUGAUACCAAGGAAAUCCAAAUCGAAGAAGCUUUGAAACUCUACCAGACCGCCCUGAAGUAUCACUCCGAAGGACCCAAGUCCUACCGCGACGCCAUCGACGCCUACAAAGCUCUGUUUGAAUCCGACAUUUUCAAAUACCCGGAAUCGCUCUCCGAAUACCGUCGCACCGAGCUCCACGGAGACCCCGAUUAUGAUUUCAUAUUCCAAGAAGACCAUGAGGCUGGUCCGACUCAGUUGGGCGGUGCUGCAGACAGUGCACCCAACACUCUCCCCCAAAUAUUGCACUUGUCUUACAAAAACCAUGGUCAGUUCAUGCUGGAGGUGGUACAGCACAGUCUACGGGAGCGACAGCAAGCUCUCCUUGUUCUGGAUGCUGCUGCGUCCACGGCCGCUGUAGACGUGCCCCUUCGCUACUUUGCCGAGGCUCUAGAUAAAGACGACACGGACUUGGACCUAUGGGCGCGCACUGCUUCAGUUGCUGCGCUCACUGGAAGCAGCAGGAUAACGAGGUUUUGCCUUGAGGCCGUCUUGGACGGCGACGACGAGGGGCUGGACAGUAUCAUGCGUCUCCCAGGCCUAGAAGAAGGGUUCGCUGGCCAACAACUGCGGGAGCUGGUGGAAAAGUUGCAAGACACUUUGUCGUUGCUACAAGAACCACUUUCCGACCUGAGGCGAAGGAAGCUGUCCGCUGCAUUGAAAAAACGACUAGCUCCCUUCUCAUUUGCCCCUCUUCCAGCAGAUGUGAAGCAGCGUGAGGCUCUGGAACAAGCUUUAAGUCGCCCGUCGCCGCACAUUGCGCUGAAUCCCGCCAAAUCCGAUUGGACGCAUGUGGGUGACGCAAUCUUGAACGAAUUCCUUCAAGAGCAACAACGACUAGUCGAUCCCGGCCCGGGAAUACUCGUAACGCUGAGUCUUUCUGAUUUGCCACAAGACACUGUUGAGUCUCAGCAACCUUCAACGAACUCAGCGCCCGAGGGGACUCCAGCGGAGCAAUCUAAACAUACCACUGAAACACAGGCAAAUGACGAAGAGACCGAUGGAAAGGCUUCGGGUGAGACUGGUGAAGACACGGAGAUGAAAGAGGCUGCCGAUGACAAAGCAGAUCAAGAAGGCGCGAAAAAUGGCGAAGGAGCUUCUGUAGAAGCCUCCGAUCGGCCAAACGCACCAUCGCGGAAGAGAUCGACGGAAUCCGCUGGUCUUCCGGAGUCUGCUGAGGGUGGACGUGGAAGAAGCAAACGGAUUCGAGCGCGUGAAUCGAUUGGCGAUGCUAGCCUGGGCAACGUUGUCGCCGCAGCGGACGCAUCUCAGCAGCAGGUGGAGGACGAGCUGCGCCAAUUCCAUGAAGCUGAUGAUUGGUUGUAUGAAGUCGUCGGGGACAUGUUGGCAAAGUUGGAGGUAAAGGGCUUGCGGUCUCCAAAGAUCUUGAGAGACACGCUGCGCAAAAAGAGGACGGAAUGUACCAAGAUGGAAGAAUCGGGUUUUAAAGCAGCAUCCGAAGACCUCUAUACGAUACUUCAACAGCUCAUACCACAGGCGGUCCCGAUCCUCACAGGCCCUGAUACUAUCGACAUGCUAGGAAGCGCUUCUCGCGAAGCCGGGCUCAACGCUUUCCUAGGAUACACGAAGCCAUCAGGCUCUGAGAGAAUGAACCGACCAAUUCUUGAUUCCGACUACCUAUCCAAAUGGCCGCCACUUAGCGAUACCGAAGGCAUGCCGAUCAAAGAACUAAUGUGGUUGUGGCUCCAGAGCAUGCUCAGGCCGGGGGCUUUUCCCGAUUCUGAAGACCUGCGAUCAAGUUACAUGAGACAUUUGUGGUCUGAUGACCUGAAAAGAAUCGUGGUACAGGCAGUCGUCAACGUGGAUGACUUUUUGUACGGACGUGUGCACGAAGAGUUGUCCGCCCUCGACACCAGGAUUCUGCACCAGCAAGCGGCAGGCAAGAGACAAUCCGUGACUGAGGAGGAUUCACAUUUGAUCGAGAUGGUUCAGACCAUCUUCGAACUUCAUCUUGACGUCUAUUCGUUGAUCAAGCAUCCAACCAGCAGUGUUGACGUUUCUACCCAGAUUCUGCAAAGAGAACGGCUGGAGAGGUGGUCGAGAUUGGCCCGAGAUGCCAUGGCGUACCGAACCACGGAUGAGCGGACUCCGAUCAUCGAUGAAUUGGAUUUCAGACAUCUUUGGACAUCGACCUUUCACCUAAACGUGUCCGAUGAUGUAUCUCAGGAAUACGUCGUUACCUGCAUCGAGGAGCUGAAGACUAUUGCAAAUCUCCUGCCUGGUCCUGCAAUUCACGUUCCCAACAAUGCCGUUAUGCCGGAACUCUCCGCGGAUGCGGCGGAGCGAGAGUUGACGAAGAUCAACAUGAAAGACUGUUUUAUGAAAGUUUUCCAGCAUGAUGAACAAGACCCAGUGUCUGUCAUUGAGAGUCUCGAACCGAUACUGGAAUCUACCAACCAGGACGAUAACCAACCGACAUCCCGGACGGAGGUUGGCGACAGCCAAGAAACAGAGGGAGCCUUGACGCCAGAUGCCGAAGCGAACAGCACACCAAUCGAUGCACACCAAGACUCCCGACCUUCGCCGCUGAAAGCAAUGACACAGUUCGUCUCGAGCGCUGACGUCUCAUUACGUUUGUCUCUGUGGCAACGUCUCCGACAAGCGUAUGAGGCAAUUGAUUAUCCCCCUAAAGCUGUCUCAUGCUACCUCCGGAGCAUCGAGAUUCUUGUCAAGGACAUCAAAAGCAAAGCAUACAGUGAAACUGGUUUCGAGCAACGAUCAGCCGAGCUUCUCAAGUCGAUUAAAAUCAUCGAUGAAAUUUUCGACAGGAUCCUCAAGGUCGCAACGGUUGAGAAUGUAUUCGAAUGCAUUGAUGAGGCACACAUGCGGUCAUCCCUGGAUGCGAUUGGCGAACUCCUCUGGCUUCUGAGUACUGUCACUGUCUUUGAAGAUUUGAUCCGCGUGGGCCAGAUUCCUCAGCCAACAUUUGAAGGUCGUUUCAACUCAGCAUUUACUGCGUUCAUGGGCAAACUGCACGACACCAUGGUACGUGGCUGGCUGUUGCAAUGGCGUCUUCUUAGCGACGCUAUGGCACAAGACAGUCAACUUUUCCCAAAGCCAACCGAGGAUAAAUUUGAAUAUCUUCGCCAUGUCCAUUACGCUUUCGGCAUCCGUGGCUUCUGUUCCGCCUCCACCAAGGCACUACUUCGCUUGAUGAAGGAUGAGCUUUUGAAAUGGUUCAAGACAGAUGAUAUUCCUGACAUAGAGACCCGGGACACGGUGAUUUGCCAGGUCCUCUAUGAUCUGUAUGGUCUCUUUUGCUUCACCAAUGCCGAUGACCUGACCGAGUAUCCGAGCGAUCACGACAUGAUGGACCAAAAGACAGCUCUCAAGAUAAUCGACUUUGUCAUGUACCAGGCACGAAAGAUGAAUGUCAAAGAUCUGCACAAGACUCAGCUCGGAUCCACGAUUGAUGUCGUCCAUGGGUACUUGGCGCGAACCAAACCUUCUGGUGCAGAGGACUUACUUCUGAACAAGAUGAAGUACCUCUCCUUUAUCAAGUCUCCCAUCAAUCCCUUGGACCUCUACAGGUGUGUCAAUGGCGUUGGCGACUUGUCAACCAAACCGAUACCAGUGAAGAAUGCACGCAUUGCGGCGCGAGGCUGGUACUUCCUCAUGGGAAGCAUUGCAUUGAACCGAUUCAGAUCUCAAAACCAAAAGCGGCAAGCACCCGUGCCAACAGAGGACAUCAACAUCGCGUCAGCUUUCUUCGGUCAAGAUUUAGAGUACGACUCGGAAAGAUGGGAAACAUGGUACUCACAGGCACAAGCAUAUGACUACCAGGUCGAUGAAAUGGUGGCAUGGUCCGCUGAAAAAGUCAACAAGGGAGAUCCAGAGCUCGUUCAGCAUCAAAGGACAGCCAUCCACUGUUACUCAAUGGCAGUCGCGACAGCUAUUAGGAACGCGGAUGCUUCGGAGGACACGGCCAAUAAGAUGGCGCAACUCUACGCUGAUUUCGGCAUGCGUAUCUACUCGUCUUCUCGUGAUCCGCUUUCCAUGAAAGCUUUUGCACUCAAGGAGAAUGAGGAGCGGUUUUACAGCACCAAUCAGGUGAUGAAAUCGGCUCCUUUUGCGCUCAUGACGCUCGUGGCUGCGUGGAAAUUCGCUAGUGGGCUGUUCAGGCGAGCGAUCGCGAGGAAGCCCGACAACUGGUUGUCCCACUUCAUGCUCGGCAAAUGUCUGUGGAAGCUUUAUGAGGCCGACGAAGACGCAAUUCCAGCCAGAAACCGUCCAAGUGCCGAGGAGGUUGUGGCUUGCUUCACAAGGGCGAUCGAAGAGCUCCCAGGCAAAAAGGGAAGCCGUGGAGAGCCCAUACUUGAACCUCACUACAAACUUUUGUCCAUUCUCUACAAGCUGGUACAGAAAAGAGAGCUUGAGCCCCGAGAAGCAAGCGAGAAGCUUCAAGCCACUCACUACGCCAGGCAAGUUCCAGUCUUCUCAACAGAUGACACCGAGAACCCGGAUGAAUGGGACGACUACGUGCUGAAAGUCUUGAAAGUGCUUCGCUCUGCAGAUAAGGCUAAUUGGCACCAUCGUAUGACUGCAAGGGCUGCCUACAUCCACUAUGGUGACCCGUCCCCUGCAGACAAGUACAUGGCAGCACUUACUGCCAAGAGCGAGUUCUCGCAGCAGAUAUUCACCAAGACCAUGCAACUGCAGGUUUGGAAGCCCGAGUAUGAACGUUUGGGUCGGCAUUUUGUCUACACAACGCGUUAUACCCAGUUCUUCAUCCAGCUGCUUUCUGAGACAAAUGACAGAGCUGGUAUGGAGGCUUUGGCAAAAAGAGUCAGGCGUAGGAAUCACGAGUUUUUCGAGCACACCAAGCUAUGGCAGACUCUGUGCCAGUCAUACCUCAAGAUGCUCCGACGUGCAGGGCAGAUUCCAGAAGGACAUGAAGACGCGGUCUUCAAGUCAAUCAACCAUGAAGAAUGGACGUCCGCUGCCGCACGCCUUGAAACCUGGUGCCAUGACCCCGAAACCAAAUCCAACAUCCUCGACGUCCUGCGUGAGGCGAUGGAGCUCCGUCGCCUUAACAACAACCUUAUGAAGGCUACCCUUAUUGAUGACCUGAUCGGAGACACCUACGCUCUUUUGUACCAACAAGUGGUCCCAACUCUCCAGCCGGAGCCCGAACCGCCAGCACCACCUGCAGCACCGGCUGCGCCACCGGUUGUCCCGGCUCCCGCACAACCACAAGCGCCUACCUAUGAACGCACAAACAUGAUGUCCAUGCAGAACAUCAUGAAUAUAGAUGGUGCUGGUGCUAACGAGCCGCCGCCGCCACCGCCACCCACAGCAGCAGGCGCGUUCGGCGUCUUAUCCAUGAACAACAGUAACAACCCACCCACGACCGCUCCAACCACGGGCACCACCACCCCCGCUGCUAUACCCGAAACAGCUGCUGCUGCUGCCGCCGCGCCGAAACCGCGCGCCAAAGGCGUUGGCCGUCGCGAGCUCAUGCGCAAGGCAGAUGCGGCGGUCACAAGGCCCGUCGCCGCACCCACGACGCCGGUCACGAACAUGCCAAUCCGCGCAAGCCCGGCGAGGCCAAGUGUUGCCGAAGGUGCGGGCAUGGCCGGGGCUUCUGGGCCUGCGCCGCAAGCGGGUGAUGCGGAGAAUGCGCGCACAGUUGGCGAGGUCCCGGCUGCUGUUGGUGCGAACGGAGACGGCGCAGAGGUUGGAGUCAAAAGCGAUGCGAUGGACGUGGACGCCACAGAUGCCGGAGCGGACGCAGAUGUGGAAGGGGAGGGUGAAGUGGAAGGCGACAAUGAGGGAGAGGGCGAAGGCGAGGGAGAUGGCGAGGAGAUUGAGGCCGAUGGCGAGCAGGAACCGGAGGCGGAUGUCGAGAACGAUCUGGAUGUCACUGAGCAAGAUGAUCCAGAAGCCGACGCUGGUGAUGAUACAAUGGUCACAGCUGACGAGGGCAACGGGACGGCUGAUGAAGCAGGAGUCGUUGACGCAGAGGACGAUGAGGAAGAAGCCGCCGACGACGACAACGAUACGUUGGUCACCGCCAAGGAAGAGGAAGAAGACGAUGAUGAUGAGAACGAGGAGGUGCCAACAAGCCAGCAGUCCGCUACGAUAGGCGAAGUCAAGCCUCCGUCAUCGUCUUCCGAACUUCCUUCUGCCGAUGAUUCUUCCAAGCCUACUGCUACUAGUCCUACUACUAACGCCAUCACUUCCAUCGCUGCGGCCCCCGCGCCCACCGGGACCACCGCAACAUCGACGGCUCCCGCCAGCAUUCAUGACUCCGCUGAUGACGAGAGCGAACUCUCGGAAAUCAAUGACGAUUCAGACGACGAGGAUAUGGCGGAGGGGGCGAGAGCGGCACAGCAGGCCGCCGCCGCUGCCGCCGCUGCCAAGGAGGAGGAGGAGCGGAAGGCGAAGAAAGAGGAAGAAGAGAAGGCGAAGAAGGAGGAAGGGAAGAAUGGAAAGAAGAAGAAGGGGGAUGAGGAGAAAAAGGCGACACCGGCGAAGAAGACGAGGGGCGGUGGACCGGGAUCGAGGGGUGGUGGUAAGGGGAGGGGGAGGGGUGGCAGGGGGAGGGGACGAGGAGGCGCGAACGCGAACGCUACGGCCGGAGGGGAGGGUGCAGCUUAG